AGUCGGACGUCGGUGUGUAGUUCCUGUUCAGUGUGUGGUUCCUUCGAAAGUAGUUAGAGUAGUGAAGAGUGGUGAAAGAAAAGAGUUAACACCACAAGGACAGUUACUGUAACUACAGUCCCUGUAAUAUGUUUCAUGGAAAUAUUAAAUUUUCUUUUACAUCCGCAUCGUUAAUGAUUUAAUGUGAGAAAAUAGAUAAUAUUGAACAAGAUGCGGUUCCUAUACUGUUUAUUGUUGUAUACAAUCACAGUAGUGAUAAGUGUGGACCACGAAGCCGAAGAGGAAAGCAACAGGAGGAGGAUAAUCGAUCAGCUGACGAGGACUAAAACGGUGCUAUUAGAUGAUUACCACUUGGUAACAAGACAUAUUGCAACAGAAGUAAAUAUGUAUAGGAAUUAUCGUACAGUUUCUGUGCUUUUCUAUUCUAUGAAUAUUGAUUUAACGUACGCUCAAUUCACAUUUCAAUCAGAAGAGCUUCAUCUAAAUAACAUAGGAUCGUGCAGUCCACAAGAAGUGUUGAUCAAAUUAAAACAUGGAUCGUAUCCUGCAGUUAAUCCCGACGGUUACGAUUUCCCGAAGGAUUUCAUAGAACCAAGUCUGAGAGAAGAGGUGCACACCAUAGACAUACUAUCGGAUGGUAGAAACAGGACUUACACGAUAAGGUAUCCCAAGCCCGGGAGCUGGUACGCUCUUGUGUACAUAAAAUGGGAAGAUCCGAGGAAGCAAAAAGUAGAACAGGAAGGUCUAGUAGCAGAUUGUCGAACGAUAUUGUACACCGAUUUACAAGUAAAAGAAGAAGAUAAAAUACGAUUUGUAGAUUGCUACAGCGGUUUUAAUUUGGACCAAAAAGACAUGCCGGCCACAUUGAAAUGCAUGGCCACAGAUAAACCCGAUCCGAUCUCGUUAAAUAUCACAUUUCUCGACAUUGAUACGUCUGCAGAUACCUACGUGACAUUAAGACUGCAGUCAUUGUCAUUGCCGUCCGACGAUAAUUACAUAAUAUAUUGUAUUUAUGAUACGAAAAUAAACAAUAUACUUUCGGUAACGUUUACGCCUAAUCCGAACGCGUGGCACUACAUCCGAGUAGACCAGGCUAGGGAAAACGUGACAAUGAUAGCGAAUUGCGAAUCGUAUCAACGGACAGACCUAAGUGACGCCGAAAAUUUAACGAUUCUCGACCUUAUGCGCGACGACAAAGGAAGGUUCUUCACGUUCGACUACGGUCUCCCGACGACAGACUUGCAGGACGCUACCAGCGUCCUAAACGUGACCUCAUCCGAAAUCAAAAGUAUGCGAUUCAAGGUGAAUCAGUUUUUGGAUAUCGGCGGCAGUCUCUCGAUCGAGGCUAGCCUGCUGAUGAGCCUGAAGUACUACAUGGGUAAUUACAAGAGAGAAUCGACGAAGGGGGACUUAUUGGAAUUCACGGAAGACAAUCAGUUUAUGAAAGCAGUAAUCUGUUUGAACGUUGGCCACGCUAGCGUGCCUUUGGAGAGCGGUCAUUGCAAAUACAACGACCGGGUCACACCAGCGCUUUUCGUGUUGAAUAGCACCGAUUCCGAAUCGGUGUACUCGAAAUCUAUAAUACCGUUUCCGGAGAGCGGCACUUGGUAUCUAACGUUUCGGCUGUUCUGCGACUCGACCGUCUGUCCUUGUCCCACUUCGGAGGACGGAACGAAAUAUUAUGUGAAUUCGAGCGGGAUAACAGAUGUCGGUCUGUCCAGCAACAAAACUAGACAGGGCUCCUCGGAGUGCAACGCGAGUGUGGUGGUGGCCUUGUCGUCGAGCUCGUGCGUGGGCGGGAGCUGUAGCAACCACGGGAACUGCCUCCUGAAUACCUUUGGAGGGAUGGUCAUGUCCUUUUGUUCGUGCUCUGCAGGAUAUGGAGGUUGGGAUUGUUCGGACGAUUCAAGAAUGGACAGCCGAGCGUAUAUGCUACUUUCGAUCCUGCUGCUCACGCUAAGCAAUCUCGUAUUCUUUUUCUCGAUAUACGUGGCGACAAUACGUUUCUAUUACACCGAAGCCAUGAUGUACGCUUUCACGAUGUUGUUCUCGACGUUCUACCACGCCUGCGACGCGCCCUCCCAGGUCGCCUACUGCAUCAUCAGAGGCAAUAUUCUUCAGUUCGGCGAUUUUUACUGCGGCCUCAUGUCGUUUUGGGUGACGCUACUGGCUAUGAGUAUCGUCAGUGACGAAUUAAGGUCCUUCUGUCAGCUGACCGGAGCUAUUGUCGUGGCCUUGUUCACGACCUGGAACAUGCAUUCGUUCGUAUCGUUUCUCCUGCCGGUGGCUAUAGGAGCGACCGUGCUGUUGGUCUCUUGGUAUCUCGAUUACAGGAAGACCGGUAUAAUGAGAUACCCGUGGUCUUAUUACUCGAAGUACAUGCCGAUCGGUAUAAUUCUGGUCAGCACCGGUCUGAUAUGUUACGCGUUUCUACAGACCGAACAGAAUUACAAAAUCGUUCAUUCGAUUUGGCACAUGAUAAUAGCGUUUAGCGUUGUGUUUCUGUUGCCCGAUGUGAAACGGGGCCCGAAUGCGAACCCCUUCCUACCGACACCGAGUUAUUAUACGGGUAAGUUUUCUAGAUAUUUCCGCAGAUCUCGCACGCCCAUUGCCGAAUGAUGAAGCAAUCAUACAUGUUAUAUAUGAGACCGUCAGCGCAAAAGUGACCUAAGCCUAACUAUGGUAUAGUUAGUAUGGAGGUAAUUAGGUUCUAAUUUUCAUGAAUUUGAAUUUGG